CUCCAGAGCGAGGCCUUUAAUCAAUGGGAAACGUGAUUGCUAUGGCAUCAGGGUAGAACUAUUGACUUAUGGGGAAAGCUGCCGUUGAUACUGUGCCCGCCCCUUUUUUUCUGUUCGGAGUGGAGGCGCUACUCCAGCGGCACCGGCUGCGGGAUGGCUUCCAGCUUCAAGAAAUCUACAUUAGGGGCAGUAGCCCAGAGGAAGAAGACAGGUCCUAAACUUGAACUAACUGAAGACCAGAAGCAGGAGAUCCGAGAGGCUUUUGAUCUGUUUGAUACCGAUGGCACUGGGAACAUAGAUGUUAAGGAGCUAAAGGUGGCCAUGAGAGCACUAGGGUUUGAACCCAAAAAAGAAGAGAUAAAGAAAAUGAUAUCAGACAUUGAUAAGGAAGGAACAGGAAAGAUCAGCUUCAAUGACUUUCUGGUGGUGAUGACUCAGAAGAUGGCUGAAAAAGAUUCCAAAGAGGAGAUUCUAAAAGCCUUCAAACUGUUUGAUGAUGAUGAAACCGGCAAAAUCUCUUUCAAAAACCUUAAACGUGUGGCCAAGGAACUUGGGGAAAAUCUCACAGAUGAGGAGCUACAGGAAAUGAUUGAUGAAGCAGAUCGAGAUGGAGAUGGGGAAGUGAAUGAGCAGGAAUUCCUGAGGAUCAUGAAGAAGACCAGUCUUUACUGAUAUGUUUGUUGUGGAUUUUCUUUUUAUACAGUUGGAAAUAUAUUUGGUAGGUGCAUGAGUUUUCUCCAGCCUCUGUCAUUUCUCAGGGACAAAGGAAAAGUUGGGUCAUUGUGGUUUGUGUCUGAUCUUUAAGCUUCAUUUGUGAAAUGUUCCAACUGCUAAGCUGAAACUGUUUUCAAUGAGAAAAACCUUCACACAUUUAUUCUUGUAGGUUUUUCACACCCAGUUUGUUUCAAAUAUACAAUUCAUAUUUGCAGAGCCAUAUCUGACUAAAAACGCACCAGAAAGAGAUUGCGUAUGCUUACAGAAUUGUUAAUACAGGAGAGGACUCAAAGCCAGAGAUUUCUGAUACAAACUGCCACACAGUUCACGGUGCAUUUGAAUCCAGAGUUUUGGUUUGGCCCCAGUGAUAUUAAAUGCUGCAUUUAACAGAGUGACAGGAACCCUUUCCUUUUUUUAUUAUACUGUUGAAAAACAUGUAAGUGAGCAGAUAGAUAGCAGUAUGUUAAGCUGUAACAAUCAGAGAAGUUCUUUGUGCAGUCUGCCCUUAAUAGUGGGGAAUAGGGAAGAAGAGAAGGAACAACUGUUAAAAAACAGAGCUGUAUGUUAUGGGGAAUAUUCAAUGGCUCCUAAUUGUACAAUUUUGUUUGAAAUGAAAUACUGGUUUUUUUAGCCAUCAUGGUUGUAGAAAUAAACAUACACAAACAUGAAUAUAAA